UUUGUUUGGCAACAAAUAACAAGAAUAUGGAACAGUGGACUCCGAACCUAUGCAAUGGAUAUGUGGCACCUGCUGGAUUUCGUGCAGAACUCUCUUUAUAUAUGCACUAUAGCCCUCCGUGUUGUUGCAAUAAUUAGGGUUAACCUUUACAAGGAGCCUGCUGUUCUCAACAGAGCGCAAUGGAACGCGUACGACCCUGUCCUCAUCUCCGAGUGUCUCUUUGCAAUUGCAAACAUUUUCGCCACAUUGCGACUCAUUUACGUUUUUACUGUCAGUCCACAGCUCGGACCCCUGCAAAUAUCCCUCGGACGCAUGGUCAAUGAUAUUCUUAAGUUCUUCUGUGUGUUUAGUCUUGUCAUGGUGGCCUUUGCCUUUGGUUUUAACCAGCUCUUCUGGUUCUACGCUAACACCCGCUACAAUCGAUGCAAGGAUGUUCCGUUCAGUUUGGAAGAAAAUGAAAGGGAAGUUUGGGAUUAUUGCAAAACAACUGGACGAUACUUCACCAAGUAA